AUGCUGAAGAUCGAGGUCUCUGGGCCGAAGCAACCUUUUCUCAGUGUUGUUGAUGUUCCUGGUCUUUUCCACACUGAUACCAUCCACCAAACCAGAAAGGAUCUUGGAAUUGUUCGCAAUCUUAUCAAGGCCCAUAUGAAUGAAUCUACGAGUAUUAUGUUAUGGCUCACGUAUCGUUGGAGUCAUCACCGAAUGCGAUGCUCUUCAACUCAACUCGGAGACGAAAAGGAGGUUCUUAACAUUGCACAAAACAAGGUUGAGAAAUUGAAACACGGAUGGUUCCUAGCCAAGAAUCGAUCGAUUCAGGAUCUUCAGGAAGGUGUCGCUGUUGAGCAGCGAGAUGUGAAAGAGAAGGUGAUUUCUGCCAACCUGCUUUUGGAUCAUAUUCGGAAAGAGAUUCCUGCAUUGUUAGCAGGUCUUGAAGGACUUCUGGCCCCAGCGAAGGAGGAGCUCAAGGGAUACGAUAUCCAUGACAUCGUCAAGUCUUACUACAAACUUGCCAUGAAACGUUUCUUGGACAACGUAGUCAUCCAGGUGGUUGAACGUCACGUCUUGGGUCCGAAUACCCCUCUUCGAUUGUUCUCACCAGACUUCGUGGAUGAUAUGGAUGAAAAGGAUGUCACGUCAAUUGCUGCCGAGAGUUCUAGUACCACCCAGGCUCGUUCGGACCUUAGCCCAAAGCUUGAACGGUUGCAGAAUGUGCUCCAUCUUGUUCCAGGGGACUUGCACUCCCUACUGGGUCCAAACUACAUUCUCUAUACAGAGUAUGGAGUACACGAUAGAUUCCUUUGGAAACUUCAUGAAGAGUUUGAGGUUGAUGACUGGGCGGAUCUCCAACAGCUAUUAAGGGAAUUCAUUCAAAAGCAGGAUGGAUUGAAAUUCGUUCGUCGACAAAUUGCAUAUCGUACAGAUUUAGAGAGUCGAGACAGCCUUUUUACCUCCUCCAACAUUGCAUAGGUUCUCCUGAGUGAUUGAGCAUUACUGCUUUGGCUACGCAAGUUCUAUCGGCUUAUGGUUGGAGUAUCACACAAACGAGACGUCCUCAUAUUGAUAGAAGGGAGGCACUCGGCAAUCCUUUCCCGUGGUGCAAAGGCUAGAUCCGGAUAUUUAUUAUA